AUGUCUGAAAAUGAAGAAAAUUCAGUGGACUCUCAUCCGGUCAGUUCAGAAAUGCUAGUAAAGAAACUUCAUGACUUGACUCUGAAUCCUUGUGCUAAAUGGCCGUCCCCUCUGCCAGAAGGUCCACGCCAACCACUGGACAGGAGUGAGAGGGUCUUACGGGAGGUCAGAAAGGGCUUUCCCAACAGGCGGCGAGGAGUCCGGACAUUGUUAUCUGCACGGAAAGAGCUUGUGGAAAAAUGGAGAUAUCUCCUAAGUAGUGAAUCACGAAGUGUACCAUUCAAAUGUACCUGCAGUUUUUGCGUAUAUCAUGGAUGGGAUCCUUCUGAGAAUGCUAGAAUAGGGUAUGAUUAG